UCUCUCUCUCUCUCUCUCUCUCUCUCAAAGCAGGCAAGGCAGGCAGCAGCAGCAGCAGCAGCCUACCCCGAUCUGCCACCGCCGGUUCACCGCCAGCAACAGCCAGCGACGACUCCCGGCGAGAUGGCGGCGUCACUUGUCUCCUCGCUCACGUUGCCCCUCAUCUCCGCCGUCCUCGGUGGCGCCAUCGCCCUCGUCUUCCUCGCCGGCUACCUCCGCCGCAAGCGCGCCGCCAUCGCCCACAUCCCUCCCUCCGCCCCCAACGCCGCCCCGGACCAGCCCAAGCGCGUCCGUCCCUCCAACCAGGCCCAGCACAAAAAGGGCCAUCCCCGCCCGCAUCACAACGCCGCCGAUAAGGAUGCUGCCAAGAAGCACCACCAUCUUGAUGUCAACACCUUGAGGGGGCACACUGACUCAGUCACCGCACUUCACUUCUCCAAUGAUGGCGCCAACCUAUCCACCGUGUGUGCUGAUGGAGCUGUAAGGGUAUUCAGGAUUGAUGAUACCUCAAGCAAGAGCUUUAAGAUUCUGAGGAUAAACUUGCCUGCUGGAGCACAUCCUACCGGUGUUGCUUUCUCGGAGGGCUCUUCAUCUGUUGUUGUGGCAGCACAGGCUCUUCUGGGCUCAUCUUUCUAUAUGUAUGCGGAUGUCAGUGCUCCUCCAACGGUCCAAAACAAGCAGCAGGGCAAGCUAUCUCCGCCUGAGAUCAAGUGGAGUCACCAAAAGAUUCAUGGAAAGGAGUCAGUGCUCAACCUUGCAGCAGCCCAUGCAACUCAUGGGCCCGGAGAUGGGAGCACUAUAAUUAUUUCGUGCUCAGAAGCAACCGAUAUCAAAGUUUGGCAUGGGAAGAGUGGAAAGGAGUUGGGUACUGUUGACACCAAUCAGCUAAAAAAUAAUAUGGCUGACAUAUCCCCAAAUGGUCGCUUCAUAGCUGCUGCAGCUUUUACUGCUGAUGUCAAGGUGUGGGAGAUAGUUUACUCAAAAGAUAGUUCUGUGAAAGAGGUUAAUAAAGUCAUGCAACUCAAGGGUCACAAGAGUGCUGUUACUUGUUUGUGCUUUGCCCCAACUUCUGAGCAAAUUAUCACUGCAUCCAAAGAUGGUUCCAUUCGAGUAUGGAACAUUAAUGUAAGGUAUCACCUUGAUGAGGAUCCAAAAACCUUAAGAGUUUUGCCAAUUCCACUGCAUGACUCAAAAGGUUCGGUUUGCCAAUAUGAUCACAUGAGCAUCUCUCCUGAUGGUAAAGUUCUGGCUGUAACAAGCGAAUCAACGUUGCAAUGGUUAUGUGUGGAAACUGGUGCAGUUUUGGAUACUGCUGAGAAAGCUCAUGAAGGUCAUAUAACUGGCAUUGCUUGGGCUCCACGGAAAAUUUCCAAUGGUGGCGUGCCUGCAUUUAUUUUGGGGACUGCUGGUGUGGACAAGAAGGUGAAACUUUGGUUAGCUCCACAAGUUGGUUCGACAUGAGUAAUGGAGGACUCAGCAUUUCCUAACCACAAGGUCACAGAAAGAAAGGAGACAAGAAUAGAAGAAAACAGGGGAAGGCCUUGAUUUGUAGUUGAUAUGCACUGAAGCAUACAUAGUUGUGGGUCCUUUGAGCUUGAGGGACAGCACUGAGGCCUGUGUGAUGUGAGGGUCAAACAUGGAGACUGCACGUGCACGCGCCUAGAGGCAGUAGUUUCGCUAGUAUAAGAUUGUGCCAGGUUUUUGAAAUAAAUUGAGUGUUGUCUGCAUUUUAUUUUUCCUUCACUUUUGCUGGGAAUGGCUGUCUAGGCAAACUAUGUGGUUUGAUACUGUUUGUUAUACACACGAAGAUUGUUUGAUACC